GUUGUGUUGAGGUCGUGGAAAGGUGUGGAUGUGUGGAAGUUGUCUCCACUAACUCGUCGCUAUGGAGGCUCCUAGUUCCCACUGGGAGGAAUUUUACUUGGGUUCACGACAGUUUCAGUGUAUUGCUGAUACUUUAGGGAUGCCCAUUGACCAGGCCUUGCAGGACCUAGUUUGCUUCUGUGAGCCUUCUAAUGCCUUCUAAACUUGUCAACUUUAUAUUGGGGCAGCUUAUGGCACUAUUUUUGGCUUACUUAUUUCGUGUCCAGGCCCACCCCACUAAAGUCUCUGAUACUACACGUCAUUGGGGGUCUUUGGUUGCUGGUUUAGGAAUAUCUUACUUCUGUUUUGGAAAGCAAGUUGUCUUAGCUCUGGUUCUAGUGAUUGGCUGCUAUAUUCUUAUGAUCACAUUACCAAUAACAUUGAUACACCAUGUGACUUUGAUAUCAUCAAUAACAUUUUUGAGUGUCAUGCAUAUACAACGGCAAUUGUAUGAGGAUGGUGUUUUUGUUAUUGAUGUUACUGGUCCUAUGAUGAUCAUGGUCCAGAAAGCCACAGCGCUUGCUUACAGUCUUCAUGAUGGGUUGUCAGGACUGAAAGAUGAAGAACUUACUCCAUUGCAGAGGGAGUUGGUUCUAAGGAAAAAACCUUCCGCUUUACAGUACUUCAGUUACAUGAUCAACUUUCACUCAGUACUUGCAGGACCUUUUUUCAUGUUUGCUGACUAUCAAGACUUUAUUGAGGGUACUCAUUAUGCUAAAAGGGCCCUUAACCAUACUGUUCCCAAGGAUUCCCUUGAUAGCAACAGAAAUGAAAAUCCCGAAGAUGCAAAGGUAACAAAACGAAUAUUGAAACCAGAGGAGGAACCUGAUCCUACAAAUGUAUCUCUUUCCAAGGCUGGAUUCUCAUUUGUGUGUGCCUUUGUGACAGUUGCUAUAUUGCCAAAGUUUCCUAUAUCUCAUUUAACAGAACCCUACUUUUUCAAGUCUUCCUUUUUGUACAAGACAAUGUACAUUGUAGCAGUCACUUCACUUACUCGUCAUGUGUAUUACACGGGUUGGAUCCUUGCAGAUAGCAUCUGUAACAUGUCAGGAAUGGGAUUCAAUGGUUAUGACAAUCAUGGUGCUGCAAAGUGGGAUCUUGUUUCCAAUGUUAAUGUCCUGGGUAUUGAGUUUGGGUCAAACUUACGUGAAAGUUUAGAAGCUUGGAACUCGGGAACGAUGAAGUGGCUUCGCUUUAUGGUGUAUGAAAGAGCACCUUUCCAGAAGACCCUAUUCACUUACAUGCUUUCCUCAUUGUGGCAUGGUUUCUACCCAGGCUAUUACCUCACAUUUAUUGGUGGGGCCUUCUUUACUGUAGUUGCCAGAACAGUUCGACGCUCUGUGCGCCCACACAUUUUAAGCAGAGGGCCCAAAGUAAAGUUUGCAUACGACAUUGUUACAUCUGUUGCAACUCGCCUGAAUUUAGCGUAUUUGACAUUCCCCUUCGUCCUUCUCCGGUUUUGGGGUACCAUAGAAGUCCUUAAGUCAUUAUAUUUCUAUCAGACAGUGAUAGGAAUUCUCGUGAUAGCAGUUCUGCCAAAGAUUUUGUCCCCUCCACGUAAUACUGGUAAACUUAAGCCGUCCAAAGUGCAGUCUGAAGCCUCUGCUUCACAAGUGGAAGCAGAAAAAAUAGGAGAUAGUCAGCCACCAGAAAUAGAUCACAUGAAAGUUCAUUAAAUAUCUAUGGGAGAUUUGUGUCAAUGAAUUAAUGCUUUUUUAUGCAAAUAUAAUAACUGCAGACUAUUUCUGGCCUUCAAGAUGCUUGCAUAUUAUUUAUCUGUAAUUGCUUUUUUAACAGUCAAGUAUGCAUAGCAUUUGAAAAUUCUAGGAUAUAUAUUUAAUGAUCAUGCAUAGUUUCCAGGAUGGUAAUGCUAGUUUAAUGUUAUGUAAGACAGCUGCAUAGGGCUAUUUUGUAUUGGAUAAAAUUAUACACAGAACUCCGCACCAAAUUGCAUUCAUUAGAUUCUCAAUGAAAAUGGCUGGUGCAAGGCUCUUGUCUUAUUCCUUUAUAAUUUUAUAUGUUAAUUCUUGUGAAAGUGCAAUUAUCAUCCUCACUGUUUAUCCAAAGUUGUAUUGAUAUCACAAAUAAGUUAAAGCUCUGGAAACUUUUUAUAUAUAUAUAUAUUUUUUAAAAUUGGGUUGGAGCAACCCUGAAAUAGUAAUGUGUGUAACCUAGUCAGUCAUUUGUGAAUCAACUGAUUAAUUUUUACAAAAUAUUCUCACAUUAUUGUUCUCAUUUAUAUGUGUUCACUGUUGGUAAUAUUGUGAUUAUCAAUGCAAUAAUGAUUUAAAAAACUUCAAUUUUAUAAGCAGUGGUUUUUUUGUACCGGAAAUAUUUUAAACCAUAUGUAAA